AUGUCUUUCCUUCAUGGUGUUCUUGAGAGUGUGAAAGAUGAUGAGAGCGUUACGAAAUAUGAUCAUAAAACUGAAAACAUUGAUAAAAUUCUCAAGUCUCUUUCCUCUUCCAUAGGUCAGGGAUCUGGCGGUUUGGUUACGCAGGUUACUGCGGUGAGUGGGUGGUUGGAGAGGUAUGAAAAAGAAGUUAUGUACAAAACAGAUAGCCUUACAAGCCGUAUAAGCAUCUUCAAAACUGAAUCACUGAGUGCUCACAAAAACAGAAUUCAAGAGUCCAAGAAGCUUACUGAGCAACUGGCCGAUUGGAAGGAUAGUCUAAAUAGCCUUGCAAAAGAGGUCGACAUAAUUGAGAAUGAUCAUGUUAAAGUGUUGGACAGCGCACUGAAAUGUAAAAUAGAGACUGAAAUAAAGCCUGUGAAGAGUGUCCUUGAGGCUUUGAAAAAGUCUGCGGGGAAUGGGAUGUUGGAGAAGCAGGUGUGGACUAUGGAUGCGGCGUUGGAUGCGCAAUUUUUGAAAAUACUGGGCGAAAUUAACAAAGUGAACGAUGAGAAAAAUAAUCGAUUAAAGACUAUGAAAGGGUCUUUGAAAGAGGCGCAAAAGCUGGUUGACAAUUUUGACUGGAAAUAUACAAAUCAGAUUAGGCAGAAAUUUGAUGAAAUAAAAAUUAGGGUGAGUGAAGUGUAUGACGCACUAAAGCAAAACAAAGCGGUGCUGAAUAAUAUGGUAGCAAGUGCGCAAGAGCAUUUUAAGGCGAUUAAAAAUGGAGUUGGCAAGGACGGUGAGCCACCGAGUAGUAUAGAUAAGAAGUGGACACAUCUUAAAGAAGAGAUUCCAAAAAUUAUUGAAAAGUUGAACGGAACAGAGGACGAACAUGAUGGGAAAAUUGGUCUCUUUGAGACAAUUGGAACCGGCAUCGGGAAUUAUGGCAUGAGGCUCGAUGGGAAAAUCAGGCCGGCAAUCAAGAAUAUCGUUAAUAAGAUUGUUGAUGACCACGGAGGUGCGGUGCAUAAGUUAAUUGAUGGGUUUGUUACUUUUAACAAGCUGAAACAUAAGGAGCUGAACACUGCGGGUGUAAAAGAAGCCAUUAAAAGUAAAAUCGGAGACAUCGAAUCCACGUCACAAAUCUAUUCAGAUCCGAAAGACGUCAAAAACACACUGGUCAGCAUCCAACAGUAUCUCACGAAAUAUGCCUUGGCAAUUGAUGGAAAACUUAACGGUGGUAUGCCUGAAUUCAUCGAGGAGAUUAAGGGUGAUCCGGCGUUUAAAGAUUCAUCUGGACUUAAGCUGUUGCAUGACGAUAUACCUGGGAAAGCCGUCAAAACAAUCCUCACCGCAGUGAAAUCUACAGUGGAGCGGGUUAAGGAGGAGCUGAAAUUGUUCACAACCGAUGACGGUAUACAUUAUGAUCUCGGCAAAAAUUUGAAGGAUGCAAUAGAUGCGGUCAAUUCGAUACAAAUUCAACUUACCAGCACUGGUAGUCAGCUUGAACUCGCAUUGGAUCAGGUGAAGAAAAAAAUUGGUGAGCUUGAUGGCGUGCUGGCAACGGCACCAGAAACAGGGUUGAUUCACGGAAAGCUCUCAGAUAUUGCCACCAACCUAGAAGCGCUCGACGGUAUUAUGAAAAACGACACAGGUGUUAUUAUAGUUGAAAAACAGGAUGGCGACAAGAUUAUGAACCGGUUGAAAGCUGACAUCGGAGAAAAAUUAGACGAUAUUGACGUAGCUGUGGGAUACACAAAUGAUAUGUUAGAUGAAGCCAUUAAAAAGCUUGACAAUGUUGUUCGGGAAGCUUACGAAACCAUCAAACAAGCCGUCCACUCCCUCUUCGCCGAGCAGCACAUCGCGGACCUGUCGGCGCUGCAUACGCUGGUUGAGCGAAAAUUGGCGGAGGUGAGGAAAAUAAUUGAUGAAGAUAAAGUGACCGGAAUAAAAGGCCUAUUAAAAAGCGUAAAUGGUAUGCUGUUUGGUAUAAAUAAAGAAGGUAUGCCUCAAUUCCACAAGCCACAAACUACAUUACUUGAUGCUCUUAAAACUGCCGUGCCUCAGCCAGCUCAGGAACCUCUGAAAGCUGAGCAGUAUCGUGAUAAAUUAUCCCAAUUAUCGGAAAAAUCAAAAUCAUAUCUCGAUAAUUUACUGGCGUAUACUGAACUCCAAGUUAAAUUUGAAGGGCAUCACAAAUCCCCUACCAAAGAGUCUCAAUUGGUACGAAGCGUUAACGUCCGACUGGACAAAUUACUUGACUACCUAAUUAAAAUUAAUAAUGUGGACACAAAUAGAAAAUACACUUUUGACCACAAUUCCACUACAUACCUUUCCGAAUUAAAUGACUCCAUCUCCUCCCUCUCCCCCUCCAACUUCCACGGCUUCCACAACCCGCUUCUCCUCGACGCCCUCAGGCGCGGCAUGACGCAAUUCACCCAGCAACUCGGACACGCGUACGUGAAUAAAUACUCCGGUUUAACACUUGGUGAUGUCUUGGAACCCCAGACGUCUGACAAACAAACCACCGAAAAACUCCUUUCCACCGAGGGCCGGAACAGCGCCAAGGUCUGCCUGACCAUACUGGAGAGGGUGUUCCACGACCUGAGUUGGUUGCUGAAGAAUUGUAAGGAAAACGGUAAUUGGAGAAGUUUACAAAUCAAUACGUAUAGAGAUGUGCCCCUCGGGAAUUUUUUCCAGACGUGUGGAUACACGGUGAAUUCCGAGACAGGCAAGCAGACUGGUCACUUGCAGGACAAGGCGUGUAUGACCGGUCAGAAUAUUCAUGAAUUACUUUUCAGCGAGAGCGAAGUCAAACGUGUCUUCAGGCAUAAAGAUGCCGAUAAAGAUAAAUACGGCUCACUGAGGAAUCUUCACAAUUACCUGGAUGAUUAUUAUUAUGUCACUCACCUAGAAUAUCAUCCAUCACCUAGAGCACCCAGCAACAUUCACCAAAUGCUCCAAUGGCUCCUCGGAUUGUACUAUAAUCCGAUGUUCAGAAAAGUUACCACUUACUUCAAUGAGCUGUUCCCUAAACCUAAAGGGCGGGAGGAAGUGCCGUAUUCCGACUUCAAAAACGACGAGCUCAAACUAGUUGGCACCUCAAACAUUACGCCUAAAGAAUUACGAUACAUGCUAUUACAAGUUUGUUUCCAAGCCGAAAAGGUGUUAGUCGCCAUCCUCGGCCGCGGCCAUGAAAAUGGCAGAUACGCCGUUGACUUUUAUACAAACGCAGACAAACUAGACUAUCCUAGUAGCCCAGCUUCAUGUUUAGACAUGCUUAUAGACAUAUCACAUAGAGUGUAUGACCAACUUUUUUUCGUAUUCACACAGUGUAGCCGUACUUCGGACGCUAACAGUUGGCGUGACUGUUGGUAUGGCAGGGGAGUCGGCGGCUCCGCUUGGAGUUGUAACGCUAUGCAGUGUCCUGGCCAACAAGGUGACCAAAGUGCUACCCAAAUGCACAACCAAAAGUGUAGCCAAAAGUGUGACCAAAGUGUCAGUUGCGGUCUCAAGUCACCUCUACAGUCCUUUUUGGAGGACGGUCUCCAGGGCUUUCUCCCGCAUUCGUUCACAACUCCCGGUUGUAAACUCACGUGUACGGUGUCCAAUCACAGAGGACUUCCUUGUAAAACGCCAAUGGGAUUUGGUGAUAUUAGUAAUGUAGCAUCGCAUACGAAAACGGGCGAGCAUCUCGCAGAAGUUCUAACGGAUUUCUGUGGUAGGCCAAAUAAUCCACUUGCUCUACUCUGCGCUCAACUUACAUGCCUAUUACAGCGAGCGCCUCAGACACUUGACGAUAUGUUCUCGUUCUACUACAAUUUCCUUAGUGAGUGGAACACCAAGACGGAGCAUAAGCGAGACGCGUUUGAAGAGGCUGUCUCCAAGGCGUACUUCGGCCAGCCUUAUGCUGAAUUAAAAGUGUAUUCUAUAUGGUUCAAUAGCAAACAUUCCGUCAAAAGCCAUCACAUCGGUGACCUUUUUAGUCUCUACAGAUGUGAUUAUGGCGACACGUCGAAAAUUAUAUGCGGCCGUUAUCUGCAGCCGUUUGGCAUGAACAGAUGGAAUGUUUUCUCUAAAAAGAAUGCCGACAAAUACCUUUCAUGGAUCGUUUACAUGACAGAAACAUUUUAUGAAUUACUUAAGAAAUUAUACGACGAUUGCUGCACUAAUUGCAAUAAGCCAGGCACUAGAUGUUAUGACAGAGGCUGUGCCAAAACGUGCCCCGUGAGAUACACCGAUAUGAAAGCGGACGUAGAAACGCUCGAAGAUAAACAUCACACUAAAGACUGCAAGUCAAUCGCUAAUUGCCCAUUUACUCGUCCUACCAUAUGCAAAUUUGGUUUCGUAUCUGAGAGCACAUACAACCUAAGUAACAAGAAUGGGCCUGAGAAGAUGCGUACAUGUAAAGAUUUUUGCAGAACACUUGAGAGAGUUCUAAGCAAUAAGAUAUCCGACAACACACUUCUCGCCAAACUCAUACAUAUCAUGAUACCAGAUUACUUAUGGGCCAUCAGAACACCCUUCUCCAUCACUCUAUUAGCCCUCUGGUCGCUGUCGCUCCUGUACCUGCUGCACAUCGCCGUCGUCCGCCUCGACGUCUUGAGGAUACGCUCCCACCUGAGAUCGCCCUCAAGCCACCGCAUCGCCGCGCAGUCCCUCCUCGCCGCCGCACGCGUAGGGAAAAUAGCCAACGUCAAGUACUUCUCACCAUAA